CACUCAAACCCUCAUCGAGAUAAGACGUGUUACUUCUGGGUUUCUGCGGUGCCCAAAAAGCAUUACAAAAACUCUUAUCAAUUAGAUCAGACAAACAAACAAGUGCACACAACAGAAUACGAAAAUAAAUAACAACUGCAAGAGUCACAAACCAAAGCGCGGGGCCUAAGCCCGAGAAAAACAACAACAAUGCUCAAGCCGCCCGACAUAAACACAACAACAAAAUCAAUCUACACCAAAUAUCAAAACCUAAACAAUCCAAAAUACAUUGUAAUUAACAGAAAAGACAAUAAAUCCUUUGAAAAUGUAUCCCCGUUUCUAAUUAAAAAAACAAUAGACUACACAUGUGGAGGAGAAGUCGACUUAUGCAAAAAAACUCGCGCCGGCACCUUACUAAUCAAAACAAAAAAUACCUUACCAACAAUGAAAUUACUAAAAAUAAAAAAUAUGGCCGAUAUCGAAGUUGAAGCCGCUGAACACAAGGCACUAAAUUUUUCUAAGGGAGAAAUCUACUGCAACGAAUUACGAAACAUAGAGGAAGCAGAAAUACUAGAUGAGCUUAAACCUCAAAGCGUAACCGAAGUGCGAAAAAUAUUUAAAAAGCAAGACCAAGGCAUGACUGAAACGGGACUAAUCGUUACAUUUGCCACACACAACCUUCCAGAAGCAAUAAAAAUUGGAUAUGAAAGCACAAGAGUUCGCCCGUACAUUCCUCUACCUCUGAGAUGCAGAAAAUGCCUACGAUUUGGACAUCCAACACUGAUCUGCAAAAGUACAGAAGAUACAUACAAAAACUGCUCUCAAACUACACACACCACUGAAAAUGAGACAUGCACCAACGAGAAGUGCUGCCUAAACUGCAUAAACAACUCCGAAGUCGACCCCAAACACAGCCCACUUGACCGCAAUUGUCCAACAUUCUUAAAACAACAAGAACUGGUAGCAAUCAAAACUACAGAGAAAGUGGACCACAAAACAGUUUUAUCAAUUUACCACUCUCGCCAUAACCCGCAACUUAGCAACAGCUACGCAUCAACAUUGACCAAAGCUGCAACAAAUCAAGACGCUCACUCAACAAUACCAAAAACAAAUACAGUUACGACAACAUCAACACCGACCCAUUCCAAAAAACUAUCAUCAGCCCAGCAAACGAACACCACGCCCCAACCCAUAUCUUACCACGACCUAUUAUCAGAGCACCCAAGGACCUCAAGGAUAAGCACGUAGACGACCUCGCCAACUCACAAAAACUAGCAAGCGAAAAAACAAACGACCUAAAAUUAAGAAUAUUCCCUAAAGAAAAAAAUAAUACCCUUUCAACAAACCUCAAACCCACAAAAUCCAACCUAACAAGUGCAAAAACCUCAAAAAAAGCAAAACACAAAGACAACAACGACAGCGACAGUAUUUAACACUUCA